CUUUCCACCUUCAGUACGAGUCAAAUUCGGGGACAACCUGGCAAAUCCAGCCUGGAGAGCAGCGUCCGGUUCCUGAACACCUAAGUAAGCCACAUCAAAAUUGACUAGGCUCCAGAUACAGCUAACAGUGUAGAACCCAUGUUAAACGAUUACUCGCAAGCACUAGGAGAUGCUGACGAGAACAUCGCUGCCAUCGGCUCACGGCUCGACGCCAUACUUCUUACCACACUUGCGGCACACAAACGCGAACAGCUCCGUCUGUAUAACAACGAGAGUUCCCUAUACUGGAAAUACGAGAACCAAGUCGACUUCCUGUGGAUGUAUAGGGGCAGACCUCAUCUAAUCAACGGCAAUGUAGAUUACACAUUAACAUGUGGUCGAUCCAACUGGGCUGAUACCAGUAUGGUCAUGGUCAAGACCGAAAGGCAGGGGUUGAAUGGCGAGUAUCAGGCGCUAUCAUACAUAGGUAUGUUCGUGGACGCGUGGAGAGUUUUGGAAAGAAUGUCUUGCUUACUCUCCGUGUUCAAGCUAUGAUCUAUCAUACUAGGCAGAAGUCUGGAAAAGCCAAUUCCCCCAUAUACGGCAUAGCGACAGACAGCUACCUCUGGUGUUUUAUACGACUGGACCAAGGCAAGGUAGAGUGCCGAACUCCUCAACCAAAAUGUGCGAAAUUUGUUAAUCGAAGUAGGUAUCAACCCGUCGACUCUCCUGGCUGGAAGGUCAGCAAGUCGAGAUUAUUUCAACUCUGCACAAGAUCAUGUCGACCGCUGCCGCGAUACCGGAGCGGAACAACAACGCUGUGAUGAGUCUGAGAAGCCGGCCUAGUAGCAACGAGAAGGACGGAGGGCGAAACUCGGCAAAAGGGAGCGAAUUGGCGCGAACUUGAGAUCCUGCUGUCGUCUGUUAGUAGACUUAAAAGUGACUUUUUUGUUUUUUUUUUUUUUUUU